UUUCUCACAGAAUUCCGCGGCCAGUCAUGUCUUCGCCAGAACCAGAGGAGCCUCGCAGAGGUGCAAGGGUCAGGAAGCAGGUUAAUAAGUUUGAUGCUAGCCAGCAGAACGGGAGGGGCAAGAGAAAGCACAUUGAAGACAGGGAGGACGACGACCAGGAGGGUUUGAUACCAGACCCGGAAGACGAGUCUGAUCACGAACCAACUCCCAAGAAGAAGAAGCCGGCGGCACCACGAAAAUCUCGAGCUUCUGCGGGUACUACCAAGAAGGACGGACCAAAGACAAAAACAAAGCCUGCAGCUGAAGGCGUGAGCGAAAUCGUAGAAAAGACUGAUUCGCCUUUAUUUAAUGCUCUCCAGCAACCCGAUAUCGCCCUUCAACCUCUGAUUGAUGAGUGGAUCGAGACCUACCAACAAGCCGCUGGUGAUGAAAUAUCAGAGCAGAAAUCCAUUCACGAACUGGUUGUCUUCUUCAUUCGAUGUUGCGGUAUGACUACCGAGAUCGAGCAAGCUGAAGCAACGGAUGACGAUGGUAUCCCCGAUGUCAUCGAGCGAGUGCAGGAUGAAAGCGUUCGCGUAGCGUUGGCGACUUAUCCCUUAAUUUCCAAAGCAAAGAAUUUUAAGCCCUUCAAGUCCAAUUUGAACGAGUUCAUUUCACACUUUAUUUCAUCGCUCGCUCUCACACCUAUCCUCUUUCACACUGCCGACAAUACUCCUCACUCAUCUCUGCUCAUCCCACUUCUCCUCAACUGGCUGAUGUGUAUGUCAUCAUCAACUCUUCGACCCAUCCGUCAUACCUCAACAUACGUGACGCUCAGGAUGAACUCGGCUUUGUGUGACGUUGCUGCGGAUGUGAGCAAAGACCUGAGCGUUAAGCAAAGGCAGCGAGAUGCAGAAGUCAGAAAAGCUGGAGCUACAAAUGCAGCGCAGAAGAGAGUGAAGGCUGCCGAGGACAGGGUCAAGGAAGUGCAAGAAAGAAAGCAAACUUUAGAAGAGUUGAUGCAGGAGAUCUUUGAUGUGAUGUUCGUCCACCGAGUUCGCGAUGCCGAUCCCAACAUUCGAACCGAUUGUCUGCGUGAAUUAGGUCUGUGGGCCAAAAAACACCCAGAGUACUACGUUUCGACUUCUUAUCUCUCCUACUUCACCCGUGGCUGUAACGAUACCCACGCUCAUGCCCGACUUGAGACUGUCAAGGCUCUUGCCAACCUCUACAUCCGAGAAACCUUUAUCAGUAACGCUCGAACCUUGACGAUGCGUUUAGCGCCUAGGGUGAUUGAGAUGGCCACCAGGGAUGUGGAUUUGAAUGUGAGGGUAGUGGCUUUGCAGGUGAUUACACUUAUAGACAAGACGGGUAUUCUGCAAGACGAGGAGGACGAGGAAAGAGAUAAGGUGGCGAAGCUUGUUUUCGACCAGGAGCCUCGAAUUCGAAAAGCUGCAGGGGCGUUCAUCCUUGGUUUGUGGGAAGAGAGGAAAGAAGGCCUCAAAGCAGUCUGGUCGGGUCUGAGAGCGAACAAAAAGAAGCGUGCAGCAAACAUCACCGAAGACGAAAUGUCCAACUACCUCAACUGGAAAUCCCUCGCUGCAGUUCUCCUCUACACCUCUAAAUCCCUGGACGACGACCCUUCUGGACAACCCUCUGCCCUCAAACCAAGCCUACUCAUUCCGUCUUUACCCAAUACACAGAUGACAAGGGCGACUGCUGCCGUCGAGUCUAUCGGUGCUGAGCAUGAGCUGUGGAAAGACUGGGAGAGCUUGGUGGACUAUCUUUUGGUGGAUCACUCGACUAACGAAGAAGAUAUGUGGCUGCUCCGUGAAGAUGAGGAAACUUUCAUGUUGCAGGUGCUUUUGGCUUGUAUUAAGCGGGAAGAAAAUGAAGAGGAUGAGCCGGAUAGGACCAAAACGUUGAUAAAGGUUUUGCCUCGGUUAUUUGCCAAGCAUCAGGCUGAUGUUGGUCGAAUGACUGGGAUUUUAUCUGUUCCCGGACACAUGAAGCUCAGUCUCUAUCUCGACAUGCGCAUGUCCUCUGCCUACGAGUCCCUCUGGGAUGACAUCAGCAAACAGUUCCUAAAAUACACUUCCCCUACCAUCCUCACAGCAUCCAUUUCUGCGAUCAGCCAUCUCGUCGGCAACUCGUCCCUUUCAUCCAUCAAUGAAACCAAGCUUUCUGAGCUGCACGAGUCUCUCUUCGCUUCUCUAAGAGAUGCGAUUGGCUCUGAAGAUGUUGCGCUUGUCACUUUGGAGGACGAGCAGAUCAGCCAGCUGGAAGCAAUCAUGCUGAGGAUAACGUUACUGCAGAGAAGUAUGGAUUUGGUAGAUGUCAUGGAGGAUGAGGAAGGGCAGCAGAGUAGCGGCUGGGACAUUAUCUGUGCGUUUGCUGAUAGGGGCAAAUUGGGGUACAAGGAGGAAGCUACUAUGGUAGACUAUGCUGUUCAAAUCAUCUUCCUCCACAUCACUUGGCUCUUCAAGCGGUUCACCAAGGAAGAUGCGCAAGAUGCCACCAAGAUUGAUCUCCUUUCCACCCGACGCGAUACCGCCCUUCAGACAUUUAACCAGCUUUUCCUCGGAGAAACGACCAAUACCGCCAGUGCUGUACGACGUCAAGCCUUCAUCUCUUUCAUCAAUACGUACGUAUUGUUCGCCAAACGUGCAGAGGGUAGGGGAGGAGCUCCAGCGAGCGACGUUUGUUCUGUGACGAUGCCGGAAGAAGUACAGCAUAGACUGGGAGGGGCGUUCCAAGCGGUGAUUGAGAGGUAUGCUUCCGUCGUGGAGACUAGAUCAGCAGGACGGGAAGAGAGUCAGCAGCCCCCCGAACUCACUCCUGAUGAGAUGCACGAGGAUUUCCAGUUUUUCCAACUCGUUUCCGUUUUUGUCGGUGCCAUCCGAUGUGGUGUCCUCGAGGUUGAACAUGCCAAGGAACCUCUUGCCCAUUACAGUCGUUUUGGUCCAACGUACGAUGCGAUCGUCAAGAAGCUCGUUGAUGUACUUCGAGAUGAGGGUAUCUACAAUAGGGAGGCAGAUGCGGUGCAGCAUGUUGCGGGAAGCGCCUUGCAGCAAUCGUUCAACAUCUUCCUCGACUCUGAGGAAGACGAACCAACUGCUCCUCUGGCCCUUGCCCGUGUUAUUGCAACUGCGUUCGUCAUCCAUGGUUCCCAAUUCGCUAUCCUAAGACAAUUGCAUCCAUCUGAUGUUUGCGAUUUCCACCUCGAAGCGCUUGACUUUGUUUCUCUCAAAGUCUCAACGAUUGUCAAACAAGAAGGAAAUGCAAGGAACAAGGAGCAAAAAUCCAGACUAACAAGGAAAAAGUGGGCAGUGCUCACAUUCUUCAAGGUGCUCGUCCCUCUUCUCGCGCCUGUCACAGGUAGAGAUGCUCUCAAGAUCAAGGCUCAUCUCGAAGAUGUAAUCGACUCUUCUGGGGUGCAACUGACAACCAACAAGGGUUGGGAUGGCUACCGAGCGUACGAAAAGAGAUUAGUAGGGAUCGCAAGCAAGGACCCGAAUGUGAAAAUGAUGGCUAGCAAGAAGGUUGUAGAAAGGGAGGAUACUGAACAGGGUGAUGAAGACAAUGUCUUUGCAAGGCAAUGAACCGGCAAUGAAGCGACAGAAGACAAGGAGGGCAUAAGUUGAAAAGAAGGCCGACAGAAAAUGGUGUGUGUCAGCGAGACGAGUUGUUUAUUAUAUGCUAUAGCAAAAUAUUUCUUUCUUUCUAGUGGAGCAUUUGGGUUCAUUUCUUUUCUAUGCCUGUAAUUGAUAAUGCUGUAUGCAGAUAUGUGACAUUGC